AUGGGCCUCCAUACCAGCGAAACAUUACAGGAUGGAUUCGACUUCGCAGUGCCGGGUUUACAAAAUGUAGACGCGGCAUACUGGGUAAAAUCAUUGAUGGAACGUGGCGUCGUGGACCCGUUCGUUGAAAGCGCCUCGAAUAAUCUUGACUGCAGUCUUGAACUCGUGAUCAAGACCAAUAUCACUUCCUUGCUGACCUGCGCGCUGACCUGCAAGGCGAUGUGGACAACCCCGGAGAUGAAUCAGCAGUUCAUCAAGAAAGUGACGGCACUUUGGAGAGCUACUCGUUGGGUCCACUCGGACGAAAAAGCCACUUCUUGCACACUUAGACAGCUUCUUCAGGCUCGAGCUAAAUGCCGUUGGGAUGCUAUGCGUAAGGGUUGGGCCAAGUCGGGGGUAAACACGUGGCCCGCAUGGGCUGCAGAUCAUUUGCUCGAUCACGAGAAGAGUUUAUGCUUGAAACAGCUGGAUAGGGCACUGGCAGCAGAGGAGCAGACGACAAAUAUCUCUCUGGGGCACAAAGCAGGCCGAGAACCAAGAGGCAAGAAGCCACAUCGGGACAAUGGUUGUGGAAGGCCAAUGUCUUCAGAAACGAGGAAUUUCAGAAGGGCGCUGGUGUUGUUGGAAAAUAGAGACCGGAAGGAGCGUUGGGCGCAGUCAGAUCACCAUGUGUGGAAGAAGGAAGUAGUUACGAAAAUUGCUGGAUCGCCCAUACACCAUCAGACGCGUACCCGGUGUUUCGAGCACAUGGAGAAGCUCGGAGGAUUCUAUGCUAGAGUUCUGCAAUGGGAGAAAAGUGGAGGACCAGUCCCAGAACCACAAGCCCUGGGUUCAUCUCACCGUUGA